CCUCCAACAUUCCUCGAAUCCCCUCGCCAUUGCCGCGCCAUUCCGAGUCUCGGUCGCUAAUGGCAAUGCAGACGAGCACGGCGCAACCGCUGCCGCUGCCCCCGCGUCUCUCGACCUCCCCGCCUUCCUCGCCGGCCACCGUCGGCGCCCUCCUCACCAAUGCUGCCUGCGCCAGCAGGAUCCGGCGCGAGUGCCGCUCACCACGGUCCUUGCUGGCGCGCAUUUUCGGCAGGGGCAGCGGCGGGUUCGGCUGCCGCAUGCGCAUCCCCCGCUACUGCUCCAGCGGCGCCGGAGCGGCCGCCGAGGAGGACGCCGUACAGGAGGAGGUGGCCGCGCCUAAGGUGGUCGUGGCGAGCAAGCAAGAAGCAGAGGUUCGCGAGUCGCCUCGGAGUUCCCUGCAGGGGUUGAAGGCGGCGCCGGAGGUGUCGGCGGCGAGCCUCGGGCUGGGCGCGGGCCUGGUUCUGCUGCUGUCCAGGGGCGCGGCGGAGCUGAGCAGGAUGGCGGAGCUGCGCGCCCAGAUGGAGCGGCUGGUGAUGGACGUCAGGGCGGAGGCGCGUGGCAGCAGCCGCUCCGACUUGUCUGACGGCGGCCAUGUCGACGACGGUGCCAGCGUCGUGAAGGAGCGCAUCGUCUUUGCUGACGCCGGCGGCGAGGACGCCUCGUUGUUCCGUGGUUCACGCGAUGCCGCCUCGGCGUGCGGCGAUGCCGGCGUUGGAGAUGCUGUCGCUGCGAUGGAUCAGAUGGAAGCGGAGCUCGAGGCGGAACUGACGCGCCUGCAGCUCGACUCCGACGAGGGCGACGGGGAGGAGGAAUGCGUGAGACCGCGGCGAGAUCACCAGCUCGAGUCCGAGGCGAAGAGCGACAUCUCAUCGGAGAGCGGCUCCCUUGCUUGCGUCCACAUAGACGGUGUCCUCGGUGACGCGGCAAGAGAUUGCAAGGAACACGAAGACAACGAGGAGGAGGAGGAGGAGGAGGGAGAUACUGACGAGGAGGUCGAAGAGAGCAAGCCGUGCCACGGCGGCGUGCCGGCGCGGGUGCUGGAGCGGAGGCUGCACGAGCUCCUGCAGUCGCGGCACGAGCAGCGGAUCGCGGAGCUGGAGACGGAGCUGCAGCGCGCGCAGAGGAAGCUGCGGGACAAGGAGCGCGAGGUGUCCCGGUGGCGUGACACCGCCAAGCUCGUCUCCCGCCACAAGGACGAGUCGCGGCUCCGGUAGAACCAAACCACCGACGCCGACGAUGGAUAUAGGCGCGCCCCGGUCUUUCGGUGGUCUCAUCGUGUCACGAUAGCUACUACCAACGAGUAAUGAGUUGACCGAGUUUGUCAUUUGUUAUUAUUACUUCCUCCGUUUCUUUUUAGUCCGCCACAAGUACUAAGUAAGUAAGAACCUGUUUGGAACUGCUCCGCUCUUUAAAGUUCAGCUCCGCUUUAGAAAAUACGAGCCAAACGGGGUAGCUUCAUGA